CUUCUGAAAGGUGUAAGUCUUAUCCCCCAGUAGCGGCACCUUCACAACCACACGUUCGCGUUUACAGAAGUGGACUACUUCUUGUCUGAAUCGUCCGCCAGAGCCACUCAGCGCUGUGCUUCUUCAACUACUGUGUGUCACCGGGUCCCUUCGCGCGCCAUACCGUCCUGGAGACCUGUUUCCCCUCAUACCUCUAUUACCGUACGAGGUCUACGGAGACCUUGCCCGGAACUCAACACGUGACUUGUUCGCUUCUUUGGAAGCGGAUUUAUGCGCGAGCUGCAUCUGCAUUGGCAGUACGGGUCCUCUACUGGUCUCCAAUCGUCGUCAGCCUGUGCUAUGCAGCAAAUCCCACUUGGUCAGUCCAGCGAUGGACAGGGUAGGAAGACCGCGAUUCAAAAGACGGCGCCGCAGCAGGGUAACGAAAACUCGGAGAGACCCGACAGAGAAGAAAGAGUAGCAAGAGCAUGCAAAACGUGCCGUAAACGAAAAGUCAGGUGUUCUGGUGAUACACCGCGUUGCGCCAACUGCGAACGCAAUAACCUGGCGUGUGUGUACGAUCCAGCACGGCGAGAUCGCCUAGGAGAGGCCAUGCGGCUGAACAAAAAUCUCCUCAAUCUCCUGAAAGACCUCAAGGGGCGCGUCGAUGAUGAAGAUAGGAAGAUCAUCAAUCAGACAUUACACGAUGUAGAGGAUGAUUUGGUCUCGUCGGGUUCAUUGCAGUCCGUAAGAAUGCGGGGAAAGAGACCGCGCGAUCAUUCACCGACACGUCAAGAUGAGAAUCAUAGUGACCACGGAGAGGCCUUCGUGACAGCCUCAGUGGGAUCCAACGAAGACCUUGACUUCCUAGAUGAAGAUUUGAUGCGUGAUCCGCAUGCAAGAGAAACCGGCUAUAUGGGUCAGAACUCUGAGGUCCAAUGGCUACGGAGCGUCCAGCGCCAAGCAGAACGCGGCAACACAGAUCCCCGUGGUCAACGGUACGGCCCCCCUGGUGCGAGUACUGAAGCGAUCGAUGAACGAUCCGACGCUCUACAUGAACGGAGGCAGAAUGCUAGACCAGGAUCGAUGCACCAUAUCACGGACGCGACUUUCUAUCUUGACAGCGACGACAUCGAGAUUGACAUUGCGGUGGACCCUAGGGAGAUGCCAAGCCCAGAGAUCGCCGAGAAGUUCUUUGCUUGUUACAUGGACACUGUGCACGGUACAUUCCCACUCAUGCCUGCCAAUUUCGAGGACCAAUUUCGCCGCUAUAUCCAAGCUUCUAAACAUGGGCACCCGUUUUUCGUACCCGACGGAUGGCGUGCAACCAUGAAUUUGCUCUUCGCGAUUGGCGCAAAAUAUUCACACCUUGUUGGCGCAGAGUGGAGAGGCGACGAGAGGGACCAUCUGAUAUACAUGACAAGAGCAGUCCAGCUUCUGGGUUUGAAAGACACUCUGACCUUUCUUGCAGCUCCCAGCCUAGACAAAAUCCAAGCUACAGGAACGUUGGCCUUUUACUUCCUUGUAAUUGGGCAUGUGAGUAGAGCAUGGAUUAUGAUAGGACUUUCUAUCAGGCUUGCCUUGGCGCUCGGUCUGCACUUGCGCAACGAGGACACUUCAUUGAGUGAUUCCAGGAGGGAGCUGCUGGUAAAAACAUGGUGGUGUUUGCACUCAAUAGAAUGUCUCGUCUCUUCUAUCACCGGCCGUCCUCCAGCCAUCGGGAACGAGGAUUGUACUGUAUCCUUGCCACAACAACCCCCCGAAUCGCCAACCCGACAAACAUCUCGCAUUCGCACCAACUACGGCUCGCCUCAGACCACGGCAAAUAAUAGAGCUUCCGAGUCUAGCAAACGAAAGACAGACAAGAGCCACUAUCUCCAUACGUAUAUUACCCUGACUAUCAUUCAACAAAAGGUCCUUCUCAGUCUGUAUUCACCUCGAACUGCGGUACAAUCUUGGCAGUACGUUCAAACGAAAAUCACGGAGUUACUCAAGGAACUAGAAAUCUGGGUGCAGACGGCUUUACCACCUGAGGACGCCCGUCCCAGUUCUUGGACUCAACGAUCCGAUCUCAACCGUGAGCGGUUCCUGCUCAGAAUCUACUAUUGGAGUACGAAAGUUCUUAUUACUAGACCUUGUCUAUGCAGAAUCGAACGGAGGAUAGCAACGGAGAGUUCGAAGUCCAUGAACUUCAACACCGACACUGCCGAGACUUGUGUCGAAGCAGCUCGACAGAUGGCAAUGCUGUUUCCCGAGCAGCCAGAUACAGGCUUUAUCUACUCCCAAGGGCCAUGGUGGAAUGUGGUUCAUAUCAUUAUGCAAGCUUUAGCCGUACUUCUGCUCGAGAUGGCCUAUGAGGGCAAGCAUCUGAAAGACGAGAAAGCCGAUAUCCUUGCGUGUAUCAAAAAGAUGAUACGCUGGCUUCGGGCUAUGAAAGCGAACGACCCAGUUGCGGCUCGUGCUCACGACGUCGUUUACAAGAUUCUGAAUAGCUGCUCUCCAGUUCUUCGGGAGCAGGUGAAGGAGUUGACUGACGAUGAUAGUAAUUGGACCUCGCAGCCUGCGCGGCCGGCCCGUUUCGGUGCAUCCUCUACGUUUCAGUCACAGUCAACUUCAUGGGAUACACCAAGCGGUACAGGUUUCUCGGAAGAGAUGCCGCCAAACUACCCACCCCCACUAUCCCAUGAUCAUCUCGUGAAUCCGCUGCUCCAAUAUCCUUUACCCACACAACAACCAACACCUUCUGCUUUUGGUAAUCCAUUCUUCACAAGCUUCGACCAAGGAGUGCCUAUUGUUGAAAUGCAACAAUUGUGGUGGCAUUCAGCGCCUUUCAGUAAUCUGGACUGGGAUGCUUCCGAGAUGAAUCUAUCGCAGCAGCAGCUCAUGCAACAACAGAUGCAGCAGCAAAUGCAUCACCAGAUGCAACAGGGCGAUCCCAUGGAGCUAGAACAUGAAGGAGGCGAUUUUUCGGAGCCGCCUAGUUAGCAGUUGGGUGAAGUGAUGACCCAAACCCAUUUCUCUUGUCAUCGGCUAUGUAAGGGACUCUAGAUGUCCGAACAGAGGUAGCUUAGUUCACGACACAUACACGGAGACAACCCAGUUAGAACUGGUUUCCACUCGAAACAG